GCGUAGAUCAGUUCUUAACCUCCUUCUAUUUGUUAUCCAAUUAUCGGUAUCAACUAUUGAAAAUUGCGCAAAAAUGCGGCAAAAUCGAAAAGUUCGAUAUGCUGUUCCAUCGAUCCGGGCCAAUGGCUGGCUAUCCUCGCGGUUAUGCCUUCGUUACAUACGAGAAGCAACGUGAUUCCGAAACAGCCCUGGAGUUUUUAAAUGGAAAACUGGUAGGAGAUAAACAUAUGGUAGUUCGGUGGGCUAAAAACGUAAACCGAGAUGACAUGGAAAAGACUAAGCCAAAGCUGCAAAUUCCUGUGCUAGCUGGAGGUUCGAAAACCAGCACCAGUGGGCUGGCUAGUCAGCAGACAAAAAUUCAAGCACUCGAGGCCAAACUCAAACUCAUGGAAAGCAGAUCUGAUGACCUGGUUAUAAACAAAAGUAUUACCGGGGAAAAACCGAUAAUAGAAAAAUAUCAGUAUAACAAAAACCAGCCGCAACAGCUGCAACAACCGCACCGAACGGACUCUAAAGUAAAACGAAACAUGAAUCGUGGCGGCAGAAGUGGUCCUUAUAAAUCUAGUCGGUUCAAAUGAGAUCUGAAAUAAUUCGCAUCGAAACUCUGCAAGGUAUUACGAGGCAGAACUAUCUCAUCCCUGUGUGUGCUUGUCUAAAAAGUAUGGACUUCAUUUACCUACUGACUUUUAAUUUUUAGCAAAUGAUGAUGUUUUACAAUUAAACUUAAGUAAUAAACAAAACAAA